AUGAGAAUCGCUUGUUUACAGUUCGAUCCUCAGGUCGGAGAUGUCACUAAUAACUUCACAAAAGCGGAUGCAAUACUCGCGAAAGCAGAACCGAAAGAUCUCGAUCUUUUAGUAUUGCCUGAGAUGGCUUUUUCUGGUUAUAACUUUUCCUCUUUGGAACAAAUCACUCCUUAUCUUGAGCCGACUACUUCUGGUGUCACAUCUUCAUGGGCACGUACGACAGCUCUCAAGUACAACUGUGUAGUAACGGUUGGUUAUCCUGAGAAGGCUACUGAUGCUUCGAAUGGAUCAUCAAAUUCCGAAUGUUAUAAUUCCACAGUUACGGUAGAUAAGGAGGGUAAGACUAUCGCCAACUAUCGAAAGUCAUUCCUAUACUACACAGAUGAAACUUGGGCUCAUGAAGGAUCUGGCUUUUUCGAUGGAAAUAUCAGGGGGCUAGGAACUGUGGCAAUGGGAAUCUGCAUGGAUUUGAAUCCAUACAAAUUCGAAACUCCUUGGACUACUUGUGAAUUUGCUUGCCAUGUACUUCAAAAGAAGGCAAAUCUUGUUAUUUUGUCCAUGGCUUGGCUUACAAGACAGGAUCAAUUACCUUACGGUCUAUUAGCAAGGGAACCUGAUAUGGAUACAAUCUCUUACUGGAUUGCCAGACUGAAACCUAUCGUUGGAGCUAACAGCACUGAAGAAAUCAUUAUUAUUCUCGCCAAUCGGUGCGGCACUGAAAGCGAAGCAACAUAUGCGGGAACCAGCACAGUCCUAGGUAUCAAGGAUGGCGAAGUUAAUGUCUACGGAAUACUCGGCCGAGGUGAGGAAAAGCUUUUGAUCGUCGAUACUGACGAGUAUCCUAUGGCCAAGAUAAUUUCGGGUACAAAGUGA